AGAGAGUUAAAAAAAAAUUACAGAGCAUAGAAUUUUUAUUUCAAUUUCUUUGUGAAAAUUUUGUAAAAGAAAAGACGACAAUUCUUUAAUAUUUUGUUAAAAAGUGUACAUUUGUUCAUUAAUUUCAAACCACAAAUUUACUCAAUAUGGACCACGUCGAUAUUGACAAUGUGGAAGAUCUUAAUGAAUUGGAGGCACGUUUGUACGCACAAAUACACCAUGAGGCAACGGAAAAAUCCAAUGUGGACAAUGUAUCACAAAUUGAUGGCGUAGAUGUUAUAAAUACAAACUCCAGCAUUAACGAGGAUGCUGAUAGUUAUAAAAAUUAUGAAACGUCAUCGAAUACAAAUAGGAUUUUGUCAAGACGUUAUUGGGCAAGUGGGGAGAAUUCUAAACAACAACAGCAAACGCAAACCCAGCAAUAUCAACAAAAUACUAAACAGCGUUUUGUACAUAAUCCAUUUAAAACUCCAAAUCCCCAAAAUGAUCAACAGACAAAUUAUCCACCAUCGUCUGCCGCUAAAUCUCCAAAUCAACAACAGCAAGUGAAACAAAUUCAAAAUCCAUUUAAUAUUGCAGCAAAAACAAAUGAACAGUUGAAGUCGUCAACACAGCAUAUUAACAAAUCACAAGCAGACAAAGCCAUAACACCAAUUGCUACCAAAAGUACAACAAUAGCGCCAUCAUCAGACGAAAAUGUCACGCAAGAAGUUGCAUUUGCAUCCUCAUCGUCCAAUGAAAAUAAGAGAAACAAUAAUAAAAAUGGCAAAACUGACCAACACCAGAGUGCAAAACAAAAAAUGCCCACAGAUAAAGCCAAUUUAAAGAUAAAUCCUGUAGCUGAAUGGAUGGAAAGAAAUAAAAAUCUGAAUAAUAAAAAAACCAACAACAACAAUAGCAAUAAAAAUUCAUCAACCGUUACUAAACAAGGUCCCUUCGCUAAGCAGCAACAAAAAUUACAAAAAGCUAAACGUUUAGAAGAUAAAAAACAAAAAUCCAAAAAGGCUAAACUAACGGCUGCAGCAAGUAAAAUAAAACCAAGUGAGAUAAUUGAUUUAGAUACGGAUAAUGAAUCGGACAGCAGCGAUGUUAUAAUGAUACCAGUAGUUCCACCACCCACCUACACCGUGGAGGAUAGUGGCGACGAAGAUGACAAAGGUAAAGUGACCAUUAUCAUGCCUCACGAAGAGAAUGCUUUGGACUCCACCGAUGUGCAAAUGUCAUCCACGUCAACAAGUUUCAUAAAACCUCAAUCUUUAGCAUUGCAUGAUAGCGCCGAGAAACGUUUAGAUAAUUCAUCACGCUGCACAUCGCCAUGCUCCAUACAGUCGUCCGAUGAUUUUAUAGGACAAACUGAUCGCAGUCGUUUGUUGGCCGGUGCCAGUGGUGUGGCCGAUGAUGAAGAUCUACUUGUACUUACCACCGAUAUGAACAGUUUGUUAGAGGUACCCGAAACUGCUAAACAAGCUAUGGAUGAUGAGAUUUGUAUGGCACAAGAUGGAGGAAAUCCCUUAGAUUCCAGUUUGGAGGAAAUGCCAGAGGAAAAUGUGGCAACUAAUGAUUCUUUAGGGUUUGCUACACCCAAAUCAUCUAAACAACAGACAUGUGCCAACGAUUAUCGUGUAGAUCAAAGUGAAUUUAGAGCCUUAGAUGUUUAUGAAAGUGAAUCGGAUAUCACAGAUAGUGUGUACUCUAAGGGGACACAUAAAACCACUGUCAUACGGCAAAUCGAUACAAGUUCCGAUGAGAUGGAGGAUAUUGGCAGCUGCAGUAGCCAAAGAACCAAACGUUUGCGCAAACGUCGUGCUUCCAGCAGCAAUAAAGAAUCAGAUGCUAACAAUGAUAAUGUAUUGUCUAGUUCCGACAACGAAGAUGUUGAGAAAGAUGACAAUGAAACAUUGCGUACUGACAUACCGUUUAUAGCCAAGGGACCGGCAGUGGAACGUUUUGUGCCACGCAAACGCAGUCGUACACUAUCAUCGUGUUCCCCCCUUACACACAAAAUAAAACCGGCUAAAACCACAGCAUCCACGGGCCAUAUGUCAGACACAGAAUUUAUAGCCACUUUAAAUAAUCUGGCUCAAGGUCAAGAAGGCGAGGCGAUUCUUGAGGAAUCCGAAGAAAGUGAAACUGAGAAUAUGCCCACAGCCCGAGAUAUUGCUGAGAAAGUCUUAGCUGAGCAUAGCGAUAAAGAAAAAUCGAAUGAUGUGGCCGUACCUGAAGAUGUGUUACAGCAAUUGAAAAAAGUGUUUGAAACCAUUGAUCAGCUAGAUGCCCGUAGAACGCAAUCAUCUACACCCGAGGAGACAGUAAAAAUCUCAUCGGACUCAUCAGAUAGUGACCGAGAAAAGCAUUUCCAAUAUAAAUCUGUACCCAACGAAGAGGCACAAAUUAUUCAAUAUACUCCAAACAAGUCGAAGACGACUAGAGUUGCACCGAAGACUUACUCCGAAAAUGGUUCGCCCAUUUACAAUGUAAUUUACAGUCGUGGCCAACAAAGAAGAAUGGGCGGCAUUGGCUGGAAUGAUGAAAUGCGUAGAUUUUAUAAUGAUUCCUGGAAUGGAGAACAUUUUAUAAUGAAUAAACUUUUGCAAAAAAUGAAUCCUGAUAAAAAUCUGUGGAGAAUUUAUACCGAAGAUCGUUUUAAUAUCAGAUCCAAUAAACGUUAUAACAAUGUGAAAUGCACCAAUUGCUGUGAAUUUGGCCACAUGCGUUCCAAAUGCAAGAGACCCAGGAAACCCAUGAUUUGCUAUAUGUGCGGUGAUAGUGGUCAUCAUGAACCACGCUGUCCCAACACUAUUUGUUUGAGAUGCGGUAAUAAAACUCAGGUCUUUACCAAAAGUUGUAAUGCCUGUUCGUAUCAAAAUCGUAUUAUGUGUCCCAUUUGUAAAAUACGUGGACAUUCUUUGGACUAUUGCCCAGAUAAAUGGCGCCGCUAUCAUUCAACCACCGAACCAAAUACUCAGCCCAACAGUAGUAUUACUUACAAUACCCGCAAGUAUUGUUGCAUUUGUGGUGGUCGUGGUCAUAUAUCCGAUAAUUGUCGCAGUGCUGUACGUUUCUUGGAAUAUCCGCCCAUUGUUAGCACCAUUAAAUCUCAUCAAAAAUCUUACAGUGAUGUUGUGGUUAAGACCCCACACAAUGGCAUUGCUUUGAAUUUAUUGUACGAUCCCUGUCAGGAAUAUAAUUUUGAUUUAGUUGAAACCACAUCGUUUGAUAAAUAUUAUGGCCGCUUUUUAAAGGCUGUCGAUAUGGAUUUAUUGUUGAAACGCAAACGUAAUAUCAGUGAGGUGACUACCGAAAUUGCCGAUACUACCGCCAAGAGGACUAAACGCCUUUCGAAGAAAUAUGAGGCAAAUCCAUAUUCAAAAGUUGGCACAGCUAAUCAAAAAAAUAUCGAAUCAGUGGAAAAGACUCCUCCGAAUCAGGUCCAAGAAAUCACCGAAAGUGGCAAUAUCGAUGAACAGGAGGUCGAACAGGUGAUCAACAUAGACGACAAUAGUGUUGACAAUGAAGUUGGCAGUACGGUGGAUGAUGAUGGAGACAUGGCAACUAUACAAAUAAAUACGAUUAAUGAAAGGCCGGCCAGAGCCAAUGAAAACUUUAAAUCGCCUAAAAAUUUAACAUCAACUUCUUCAACACCAUCUAAAAGGCAGACAGAACCACCGCUAAUAUUAGAUUCUGAUUCGAAUUAUAGUUUUUCCGAACAUUUCGAUGUAGCCUCAACAUCUGCUGAAGCAGCACUUUCACCAGAUACCCAAAAUGUUAACAGACCUGAAGAGAAUGCUCUAGUGGCAGUGGAUUCAAGACCAAAACCUCGGCCUAUGGAGGAUUUACCAGAUUUUAUACCCCUAAUAGAUUCCACUGAAACUCCUAAUGAUAAGAAUAGUGAUAAUGAAAACCCCUUUGUUGGCAUUUCUAGAAGAUUUAUACCCGCAGAAACGGAUGAUGAAAUGGAGGAGGAACGUCGUCCCUUAAGUCCCCUACCAGAACUACCCUGUGAGGCUAAAAUCUAUUUGACUCAUUUCCAUAGCAAAUAUUUGCUAUCGCCAGUUGGUAACACAUUUUUGAUGAAAAUAUCCGGAGCUCACAAACUGAAGGCACGUCUUGAUUUCACAUCCAUUGGCCAUGUUUUGGUUAUUUUUGGUUUGCCCAGUAACCAGGAUAAAUUCCAAAGGGAACUUCUUCUGAAAUAUCGGGAAUUGGCGGACGAGAAUAAUCAAAAACAUGUGCAAAGCAAUCUUAAUGUUCCGAAGCGCACCGAUGUUUUGAUAAAGUUUUUGCGUGAGAAUAUAACACAGUUGCUAAAUAAUAUAGGCAAUGCCAAUCAGCUGCUCAAACGUUUGGAAAUCCUGGAAAGACAACAAUCCAAGUCGGGCUAUAAAUUAGCUGAAAAGGUACGCAGAUCCUUGAAUAUGAUACUGGUGGGCCAAGCGGGCUUAAAAGAUGGCACUAUGCAUUUGGAUAAACUUCUAAUGAGCCUGAAAACUCUUAUGAACGACUUCAAUACCGAAGACGUUACGCCACCGCAAUUGCGUACUGAAAUAACCGAUCAUUGGAAGAUGAUAUUUUCUCCGUAUCGCCAUGAAAACUAUCAACAGCUGGUGAAUACAUACAAUAGACUCAUAUCGAAAAAUAGUAUGCCCAAACUAAAUAUCGAUCCCAUAUUGUUGGGCCUAAAAGUCUUAGAUACCAGUCUUACAGAAGAACAAAAACAAAAACUUGAACAAGCCAAGCCAGCAGCUGAUAGCGUUACAGAAGCGACAAAACAAGUACCAAAUCCAUUGAAUCAAAAAAAUGCGAAAGCUUUAAAACGCAAACAAAAUACUGGGACUACUUCUCCUUCCCCCAACACUGCACUCAACACCAACAAAACAAAAACACCAACUUCGCGUCCCGUUUCCCCUGCAAAAGUUUCACAAACUUCAACCUCAACUAGAGGCGAUAACAACAAUGCAACACCAACUCCUAAAACAAAACAAACUUCCAAUCACUCGUCUACUCCCCUUAAAGCCAAUAAAACUCCAGCAAAAACUUCAUCAUCUACAACUACAACAGCAAAUAAAUCAAAACAUAGUACAAGUGCAACAAAUUCUAACCCCUCAGGCGUCAAGGCAAAUGCAACGCCAACAGGAAAUAAAUCCAAACAUAGUACAAGUGCAACAAAUUCUAACCCCACAAGCACCAACGCAAAUGCAACGCCUAAGAAGCAGCCACAGAAAAUAAUGCCACCACCACCAUUUGCUAAUCCCGAAAAACGCUCCACCGUAAGUACAAGCAUUCAAGAGGUGUCCGAUAAUUGGAAAAGUACCUGUGAUACCUUGCUAACCGAAAUAAGUGCUGACAAACCUAAGGGCUCAAAAGACGGCGGUAGCGGCAGAAUUCCUGAUUCCAAAUUACAUUCGACAUUUUGGUCACGCGAAUCCUUACGUUAUUUGGACGAUUGUAUGCGUUUAGCUGCAGUCCGUCCAAAUAUAGUGGAGAAAUUACAACGUGUACAACAAAAAUCGAAAAACGGACAACUCUCAUACAACGACUACCUCGCUGUUAUAAAACUACACACGGCACUGAAUGGCAAAUGAAGUCCAAAUCACAAUACAAUCUGUAAAUAGAGAAUAUUUAUGAUUUCGAUUUUAUAGAUAUGUAUGUAUGUUAAUCGAAAAGAUAUAUUUUCGUUUUUGGUACAUAUGUAUAUCAAACAAACUAACAAAUCUUAUAUUUUUAUUGUACAAAUAUUAAUUUUUGUACUGCAGAAAACUCCUAUUUCUUUAGAAGAAAUAAUUGUGUAAAUAAAUAAUUAUCAUUUUGACUAAAAAAAAA